AUGUCUCGACUGAUUAUCAAGAACCUUCCAAAGAAUUUAAAAGAGGACAGAUUUCGUUCUAUUUUCGCAGCUAAGGGUGAGCUAACGGACGUCAAGCUAUGCUACACGAAAGAUGGAAAGUUCAGGAGAUAUGGCUUCGUUGGUUACAAAACAGACGACCUGGCGAAAGCUGCCCUAUCGUAUUUUAAUAAUUCGUAUAUUGAUACUUCAAAGAUAUUUGUGGACGUUGCUAAAAAUUUUGGAGACCUGUCGUUACCAAGGCCUUGGAGCAAAUAUUCUGAGGGAAGUUCUGCAAACAAAAGAUUGAAAGAAAAAAAGGAAAAGAAAGUUCAUGGCAAAAGGGAACAAGAUUCCAAAUCUGAGCAAAAAGAAGACGCCAAAAAAGAGAAAAUAACUGUUGGAAAAGAGAAGAAAAAGAAGAAAACUUUAAAGGUCCUGGAAGAGCUUGAAGAUGAUGUGGAAUUUCAGGAUUUUUUAAGUGUACAUAAGGUUAAAAGCUCUAGGAAAACAAGGAGUGACAUUAAUGCAGAGGAAAAUGACAGGGAAUCAAAGAAAAAACGAGCUAGAGAAGAAAAUGUGAAAGUGGAAUAUGAUGACUCUGAUGAAGGUGAAAAUGAAGAUGAAGUUUAUGAUCCAUUAGGUCUUUAUCAAAAUUUUUGAUCUUGUAACCAUGUAGACAACCAUGUUGGUUGACAAGACAAAUACAAAAUUAGUACCAUUUUUUCCUCAGAAUUUGCCUGAAAACAGGGUUAGGUUUUCAGCAUCUGGAAAUGCUUUUGUUCAUGUCAACCAACAUGGCAGCCGUAACAACAGGAGCAAACUGGCAUUGGUGUCUUACGUCUUAAAAGCAGCAUGCUCUCUCAAAUGCUAGAAUGCUGGUCAGCGUACAAAGAAAGUUGUGUCCAAUAGCCUGGGGCUAGUGGAUUUUGCAAUCGGGCUAGUGAAUCCUGAUCUUAACUUACCCAAAGGGCAAGUGCAGAACAGGGAGAAAAUUCAAAGCACAGAAGAACUGUAAUCAAUGCUGCUCAUGAAAAAUAUUUUGGGGCUACUUUAAAGACUCUUGGGCUAGUACAUACUAGGAACAACUUGCCCGAAUGGCAAGCUGCAAAACUAACUUUCUUUGCACCCGGCCAGUCAUGAAUUUUGGGAGUUGCGGUGUUUCUGUAAAGGCAAGGGUAUUUAUUUUAGGUCUGUAGCUCAAAAUAGCUAAGAUCCUCAGACUAACAAACCUUAGGUCGAUGGUGUGCUCACCUUACACUUCUCCCUCUCAAUGCUCCAUUUGUUGCUUAAAGCUAUAUAGAAAAGAAAAGAAGUCAAAACAUGGAAUCCAUGUUUUGACUUCUUCAAAAAUAAGUCAAAAUAACUUUUGCACCCAAGAGGGCAAGCAUCUGAGAAAUUGAAGAUAUUUUUUUUCAUCUCCAGCAAAGUCUGCUGAAUGAAGGAUAAUUUGCACAUGUGUAAGUGAAGCAGAGAAAAGAUGCAUUGCCAUUGCUGUAAACAUGAUGUUUCUUUGCAGUUUUUUCCUCCUGCGCAAAUGGUCAUGGAACAUUCAAUUUUACCACAACUGCAUUUCAAUAGGCACUAUUCCAUAAUGCAGUUGAAGUGUAUUGUAGAUCUGUUUAUUAUAGUUUUGAAUACCAAAAUGUCUUCAUUUUGUUUCAGGAUUGGGAGACCAAGGAAGUCAAAAUGACAAUGACAAAACAAAGGAAGAAAAUGAAGAAGAAAACAAAAAUGCAAGGAAUAGCAAACUGUCAGAUAUGGAUUACUUAAGAUCAAAAGUUGUGUCAUCUUCAAGAAAACCUCAUAAGAAAAAGGAAAGCAGAAAAGAUUGUGAUUCUGAUAAUGACAGCAACAAUGGAGAAAGUUCAGAUGAAGGAACUGUGGAUGUAGAUACAAAAGAAAGUGAUAAUGAUGAUGAUGAUGACAGUGAUGAUGAUGAUGAUGAUGAUGAUGAUGAUGGUGAUGAUAUUAAUGAUGGUGAUAAAGGAGAAAAUUCAAAGGAAUCUAUAAAAUUUGGAACAAUCAAAAUGAGAGGAUUGCCUUUCAAAGUUAAAGAAAAACACAUCAAAGAUUUCUUUGCUCCUUUAAGGUUACUUGAUAUAAGAAUGAUAGAAAACAAGGAAGGGAAACCAACAGGCUGUGCCUUUGUUGAUUUUGGAAGUGAAAAUGAUAUAAAAGAAGCACUGAAGAGAGACAGGGAUUGUAUACAGGGUCGAUACAUAGAGCUGUUCAGAGACAAAGAGAAACAUUCAAGUCAGAUAGUAGUUAAAGAGAAGCCGUGGAUGAAGAAGCUUGCUGGAAAGGAAGGAGAAGAGGAAUUUGAAAGCAUUGCUGAGGUAUGUAGGAUAACCUGUAUCUUGCAGAGUCAAACCUUGUUAAUAAUGACUUUAAGGGGGCCAUAGAAAGUGUCCAUACUAAUGGAGUGUCAAUAUUAAGGAGGUUGAAUAUAGAGGAAAUGUGAGGGCUUUCUUUCCUUAGGUACAAAACAAACUGUCAGAAAUAAUGAGGCGUCCAUAUUAAGCAAGUGUCCGUAAAGCGGGUAUUGACUGUAACUUCAAGAAACUUUAAUGACCAACAAGUAGCAGUUACUCUAGAGUGGUGGCCAUAUUUCCUCUUGGUGGUCCACUCUCAUGCAUCAAAUUUUCUUCUGAGAAUACUGUUAUUAGUCGAACUUUGAGGUUUCUAUUAGGUGAACUUAGGUGAACUUCAGCCUCACAGAAACACUAAUAAUAACCCUACAAAUUCCAGGAUCUCACACCUGCCUGAUGUGUUCAAUGAUACAAGAACGAGGAACUCUCUAUUACACUGUAUAACUGGCGACAGUCACUCGUUAAAACUGAGCCAAAUUUUUUUGAUGCAAAUAUAUUUUAUUUUUUUGUGAUUGUAGUCUGGAAGACUUUUUCUUCGGAACUUGACAUAUACCUGCUCAGAGGAAGACUUGCAAACCUUGUUUGAGAAGUAUGGCCCUCUAACAGAGACAUAUUUGCCUCUAGACAAGACAACUAACAAGCCUACUGGCAUUGGGUUUGUGACAUUUGUCAUGCCAGAGCAUGCUGUGAAGGCUUUCAAUGAACUUGAUGGAAAAGUUUUUCAAGGACGAUAUUUGCACAUCCUGCCAUCAAAGGCAAGGGAAACAAAAGAAGGAGUGGAAGGUGAGUUGAUAUAGGUGUUGUGGACUUCAGUUUUAUCCUCAGUUAAAUGUUAUUUUCUUGGAGGCAGCGUGGCUGCUCUGGGCACUUGCUGGAUUUGUUCUUGGUUGUCCCUAGUUCAAAUCCUUGGCCUAGCUUGUAAAUAGCUAACUGCUGUAGCCUCCCACCAGCAUCAUUUGUUUCACAAUUAUUUGAGUGGAGUGCUUAUAAACUAGCUGGAUAAGCUAAGUGCACUUUCCACUACAAAGAAACAAACGCUUUUUAUUUUUGGAUAUGUUAAUGUGUGGUUAUGACUUUGAAACAAAGGAAAAUAAAAUUUAAACCAGGGAGAAAAUUGAAUCACAACAUUAUGUAUUCACAAUGUCAUGUGUCGUCUUGUGUCUUUAUGUUGACUGUGGAAGGGUUGGUAGGUGUCAGCCGCACAGAUUGGGAGGUCUUGUGUUAAGCUCCUAGCUGGACCAAUUCUUGGGUUCUUCAAUGACUGAUGACAAAAAUACUACCUUCCCCCUCCCAAAAUUGUGCUGAGACAGCCAUUAUAGAAAUUACAUUUUUGUCUCCACAAGGUUGAUCUAAUUAGGAUUGAUUUCGCCUUUACCAGCAGAUUUCCUACCUAUGUCCUUUUCUCCAUGCCGUUAUUUAUUAUAUAUGUUACUGGUCAAAUUUGAUUUCCAGUUAAAAUUUUUAACUGUGGUGGAUUCUCAAUUUCCUGUGUCUUCUAGGGCUAGGAGACAAAGGAAAUUGUGAAUCAACUUGGGUUAAAUCAAAAUUAAACAUAAAUUUCAUUUGAGCUGUAACAUAUUAUACACCUGGGGACUACUAUAAUGUUUCUUUGGAAUAAUGGCCUUUGGACCGAAAACCCUGCGAGGGGCAAUUAUUUUUAGUUGGAAAUAACUUAAACUUAAUAGCGUUGAAGCUGAUCCUUUUUUUUUACAGAAGUUGGAACAUCCUUCAAGUCAAAACGUGAUGCAAAGAAGAAAAGCUCAAGCAGCCAAGAUCAUAACUGGAACACACUUUUUCUGGGGAUGAAUGCAGUAGCUGAUGUCAUGGCAGAUAAGUACAAUACAACAAAAGGUGGCAUUUUAGAUGGCGCAUCAUCAAGUAGUUUGGCUGUUCGCAUGGCUCUUGGAGAAACACAAGUCGUGACAGAAACUAGGAAGUUUCUUGUUUCACAGCGAGUCAAACUGGAUGUUUUUGGACAGGUGUGUUUCUUGAGAACUUUUUUGAAUGCAUUCUUACCUGUAGCAGUGUGUUAUUCCUUAAGAUAAUUCUGAUUCAGCACUUAUGUUGAGUCAAAUGGGUUAUCAAAGGCCACACCCAUGGUAUCCUUCGUUUGCAUGUGAUGAUAACCCUUUGACACAUGUUAUUGGUAUAUCAAUAUAUGCACUAUUAAGACCAAGGUUCUUUUUUUGCAAUCUUAUGGGUCAAGAUGAUCAAUCAAUUUUAUGUGUUAAGGUCAAUAAAAAUGCAAAAAGACAUCCAGCCAUAUUGACCAAACAAGCCUUGUUAUUUAAAGAUCUAUUAUCUGGCCAUGCCAAAGCAUCUUUUUGUGGGACCUAAGUUUGAGCUUGCAUGAUAGAACCAUCUUGCCCACUCAGGUUGCCUAUCAGAACACAGGAUUCCUGCACUUUUUAAAUUCUCUUUUUAUCUUCUGAAUUGUCUGCCAAUGCCUCCUGCUUGUACUCUUGGACAACCAGCCAACCUGCGUUGCUCCUAAAGUUUUUGUUGCUUUUGUAUCAAAUUUAGAGAAGUUUCCAUGGACUUCUGGGCCAACGAAAAACCACCUUUCUUGAUAGUAUCAAGCGCAAGAGAGCUACAGUCCUCGAUUUCUGCAAUAAACAAAAAUUUUUUCUUGUUGCUUUUGAAUUUGAGUUUCGUAGCCUUAUUCAGUGAUCAGUUACCCGAGUUCCACAAAUUAACCGAAAUUGUCAGUAAAUCACUAAAAAACAGAACCUCUAUUAAGUAGCCAAGGUUAAUUAAGCAGCCACUUGUACCUUCCCCAGCUGUGGCCACUUAAUAGAUGUUUGUCUUUAUUUUUAAUAAUGAAGAUCUCAAAUUGAACUGUAGCUUUUAUCCCCAGAAAUUUCAGGAAGCACAAGUUGAUGUGCAAGUGCUUUCAUAUGUAUGCCAGCCACUGUCAACAGGACUAUGCUCACCCGGACGAUCAUAUUCCACCUGCUCUCAUAUGAUUAUUUUAAAUAAAAAGUUUGAAAUUAUUGUCAGCUAAUUUUUGUUGAAUGAUAUUUUACAAUUGUAAGCCUUUGGCCUCAGUUAGUCAAAGCUGAUUUCAUUUUAAAAAGUGUUGGUGAAAAUUAUGCCCUCUUUUGUCACUAGCCCUCUGCUAAACGAAGUAAGACUGUCAUAGUUGUGAAAAAUCUUCCCUUUAACACCGCACCUGAUGAACUGAGAACUGUAUUUGCACCAUUUGGAACUGUGGCCAGGCUUGUUCUGCCUCCAUCAGGGAUAACUGCUCUUGUGGAAUUCUUUGAACCAAGUCAGGCUAAAAAGGCUUUCCAAAAGUUGGCCUACAGCAAGGUAAUAAUUUGUUGUAUAAUGAGUGUUACAGUGUGGACGAAGUCCUAUGAUGUGACCAUGCAAAUGAAACUUCUUUAGCAUGAUUUUUUCUUCGUACUCUUAUUUUAUAGUUUGUAGUUUUAACUUUUGAAUGUUUGGAUGAAAUCCUAUGGUGUGACCAUUCAAAUGAAACCUGUUCAGCAGUGGGUAUUUUCACAUGGAACUAUGUAUUUAGUAUGUAGUUCUAACUUUUGAGUCUGUGGAUGAAAUCCUAUGGUCUGACCAUUCAAAUAACGCCUCUAAAACAGUUCUUUCACAUGGUACUAUAAUUUAUUUAGUAUGUAGUCGUGACCUUUAACUCUGUGAAUGAGUCAUGUGGUGUGACCAUUUAAACAGUGAAGAUCUCUUUGUAAGCAUUUCUAUUUGGCGCUAUUAAGUAGUAAGGGUUUUUUUUUAAAGAUUGAUUGGCUCGUUUGUAAAAUUCAAUUCGGAGGAGGCUCCUAUAUGAAAAAGUUAAUUAUUGCCUCUCUUUUAAGUGAAAAUUUAUCAAUGUACGUUUGUAAAUGCUGUUAAUAAGUGUCCUUCAAAUGAUGCUCUGCUAAAUGGCAAAACGAUGUGCAUCUGGUUCUGGCAAACAUAGAUUUGGGAACACCCACACCGUAAUUUUUAGGGAGUUAUUAUAACUCCAAAAAUGGAGUAAAAAUUUUAGGUACAGGAUAACCCCUUUUUGGGUUAUUUUAACUCCUAAUUUAACUCCGAAUUUGGGGGUCAUUUUUACUCCUGAAAAAGAGUUCUUUUUACUCCCAGUCUGGAGUUAAAAUUACUCCGAAAUGGGGUUACUUGUACUCCUUACAUGGGUUGUUUUUACUCUUUUUGGAGUUAAUUUAACUCUGAAAAUGGAGUAAAAAUUUUAGGUACAGGAUAACUCCUUUUUGGGGGUUAUUUUAACUCCUCAAUAUCUGGGGUCACUUUUACUCCUGAAAAAGAGUUCUUUAAACUCCUUUUUGGAGUUAAAGUAACUCCACGAAAAAUAACUCCACUGUAAGGAGUUAAAUUAGCCCCACAAGAGGAGUUACUAUAACUCCCUGAAAAUUACAGUGCACAGUGAGUUGUGUGAAACUACUUUCAAAAAAAAAAAAAGAGUUCACUUAAAGACUCUCCUGCAUAGAAGACUUUUUGAAUCAGUGCGAAAAAUUUGUUUACAAAUUGGCUUGAAACAUGACUUUAAAUUCAUAUUUCCUAGCUGCUUCUUAACAAAAGCAUCAGAGAGGAGACUAACGCGAAUAUUGAGCAAAAAUGGCGGGAAAUUUGAAAUAUACGUGAGAUCGUCACUAGCCAAUCAAAAUCCAUACCACCUUUAUCAACCAAUCACAUUUCUAAGUAAAGAAUGGUAGCCUGUGUUAAGCGCGGGAACUGAACGCGUAUGACAUCAAAAAAAGCUUUUAUGAGGAUACUUCACUCGUGUGAAUUGAAACAAUUUUGGAAACACAUGCACGAACAAUUUCCUGAAAAAUUACAAAUCAUUGAAGAGUAUUAACGGUAUUUUCAAGUGAACUUUUUACCUUUUAUUUAUUUUUAUAUGUAGACUUUAAAAACUAGUGUUAAUUCUUACUCUAUUGGGUAAUUUAAUAAUUACUUUUCCUAUGGCUUUACAGUUUAAACACGUGCCAUUGUACUUGGAAUGGGCUCCACUCGGUGUAUUUUCCGGUGAAGCAAAAGAGAAAGACCUUCAAGAAGCAAAAAAAGACGAACAGAUAGGCGAGGAUAAGGUACGUUUUGUAAGGAACAAAAUUGCUCUAGCAAUGUUACUUUCUAGGUUUUACUGAUAAACAUUUCCAAACGCCUUGUAACAUUCGAAGCGACUUCAUAACGCUAAACGUUACACAGGGUAUAAAAUUAAUUGUUUUUAACUGGGUAGUCUAUGUCGUUAAAGACCAAAAAAAACUUUCCAGAUAGAAGCUAAAACCUUACUUAAACUUAAUAUACAACGUUUGGACUUGUUUAAGCGUUUAUAGUUUGAACGUUGUAUGAGAUUGCACGACUUGGAAAUAGUAUCUCUGACCCUUUUUUUCUUCCAUGCUUAGAAACCAAACAUUGAUCGCUAAAGUUGAAGGCUGUGUCGAUGUAGGAGGUGUAUCUCAAGCGAAUUUCAUCGAAGUUAAGAAUGAAAUUAGUUUAGGUUUCUGGGAAACUGGGAAAAUGCCCACCUACCCCUCCCCUAAGUCAGCAUUUUGCUCUACGUGAAAAGUUAGUGUUAAUGUUGGCUUAAGGGAGGGGUAGGUGGGCAGUUUCCAGCAACCGAUCGCGAAAUUGAUCCUUUUUUUCAUCGCUUACCUGAAUUCGGUGGCCAACUUGCAGCAAUGGCGUCUUGAAAAAAAGUGCCUCGUGACCAAGGUUUUCCCGCCACUUUUGACGCGUGCCAUGUGUUCUUUACAAUCCUUAAGUAUCAGGAAAGUUCGUAAAUAACCUAUUUUGAUUGAUCUUUUAUUCAAAAAAUGUUUUUUCGGCCCUUCGGCCUCGGUUUGGUCUAAAAAUAAGCCCCCCCCGCCCCCGCCCCGAGCCUCUCCUCAGGAUCCGCCAAUGGAGAGUGUAUGGUUACCAAAUUACUUUAUAACAUGAUAAGUUUCUUUACUGUAUUUACUUAUGGUUAUGUGCCGUUGCGAUUCAUGGAGUAGGUAAAGCUACUCACAGAAUCGUGUAACCAACAGCGCUGACAUACUGCUUUCAGCUCCUUUGUGCUCCUCUAUGGCUUGAUCGCGCUCAGUGCUAUCCUAAACUCUCUUUUAUGGAGCAAAGCCGCUCAGUUAUACUUUUUGGCUUACUCCUUUUGCGCAGACUUUUUACAUUCGUGCAUCCUGGCGCCUCCCAAUCUACAGCUGUUAUGACUGCAUUGCAAACUUGUGUGGUCGUCUGCACAAACAACACAUUCAUGUAGAACUCCUCAUUCCGAUAAUCAUGAAUAAUAAUAUAAUCAGAAUAAUGGAGACCUGACCGCUGGCAGCAAUUACGUAGACUUUGGCUAUACUAGUCGUAAAUAAUAUAUGAAAUCUACACACUGACAGCCUUCUACUUACCGCAGAACCCCGGAGUAACGGCUUUUUUACCGGGUCGAAUGGGUAGAGCGAUGCCCAGUAGUCUACGCCUAAUUGUAGCCUGUAAAAGACAGUAGGGAGUACUUCUGGGAAUUGUUGGUGAAGGUGUGCCGCCCAGUUAACCAAAUACCGAAAAAAUAUCAUUUUUCACACCCAUUUUCGUACGUGGCCUUUAAGAAAUUAUGUUAUCAUUACUUAAGUUGAUAACCAACAAAAACGAUUUCUUUAUUCGCAUAUUUCUCUUUCUUUGUUACUCAUUUGGAAUUGGAAGGAUAAAUACGCUCAUACAAACCCCUAGUUCCCUGGAAAACGAUACCCGAUUCCAGACCAAAAUGGGAAAAGCCAGUGUCCAUUUUCAGAACAAAACAGCACAAACACCACACCCCUUGGGGCGGCACGUACCUUAUGGCUUAUAGAGAGGGGGUACACACCGGGAAAAGACAUAGACAACUAGGAAAUUCUGAUAGGCUGUGAAACAAACGUUUCCUGCGUUUUUAUGCAGAGUAAACAAACUGUUGAGGAUAAGCAAGAAGACGAAGGGGAUGGCCCAGAAAACGCUAAGGGAACAACGGUGUUCGUGAAAAAUCUGAACUUUAAUACCACCGAAGACGCAUUGCAAAAGGUAGUGUUAUUUGUUUUGUACAUAUCCAAUUGUGGUCUUAUGUCACAGAAAUAUCAAAAAUUAAUUUUUUGUGUGGUUUUCAUUUCCUAGGCAUUCUGCAAGUUGGGUCCUCUUCUUAGUACAGUAAUAGCGAAGAAAAAGGACCCCAAGAAGCCUGGUACGUUAGAAAAGGAUUAGACUUCCAAAUCCCGAUUUGUUUGUUAAGUAUAUGCUGUUGUUCACUACCGUGUUUUCUCCGUUAAAAGUCUUUCACGAAAGUGGCACUUAACGAUCUACAGAGUGUUCAAACUUUGACCCUCGAAACCCUGGUAGGAUUGGAAUCUAAAAACGAUGAAAUGCUGAAAACACUGAAUUUAGUGGGGGGAAAAGAACCGAGAAAACCUCCAACCGACUUAUCCAUCCCUACCUUGUAUAUUAUUUGUAACCAUAUCCUUUUUUAAUUUCCAGGAAAUUUGCUAUCUAUGGGCUAUGGUUUUGUUGAGUACAAAAAUAGGUCUGACGCUCUGCAAGCCAUUAAGCAACUCCAGGUAAGUUUGUUAACUUCUGGUUUGUAACAGACAAUGACUGUUAAACACAAUAUUCCGUUCUGUUUCGUUUAAAGCAAGGGGAGUACAUCAGGAUACAAUUAAGUGACUAUGAAAACAGUUCAUUGGAGUUCAGUUGUCUGGGUAGUUUUAAAGCCCAGAAUCUUAAUUUGUUUAACUUCCAUUAUACUUAUGUUGCCUUUGUCAUUUUCGUUCCUUUCCGUCUGUACUACGAAUCGGAGGACGGGUUCCAAAACCUCUUCCAGUCGAAUUGGAUAAACCGCCAACGCUCAUAAGGCUUUAUAGUUAAUUGCCAAAUAAUGAUCCAGUUUAGCAAUCGGCCACUUGUCAACGUACCUUUCCAAAUAGCGCUAUUACACGUGCGUUUGACAGCUUGAAUAUAUUCGAAAAGAAACUGAGAGAAUUUCUCUUUGAUUCACAUUUUGUGAGUUGGGGGAUUUACCUAUUGAUGGCUUUUUCAUGACAAUAUUUAACUAGUUUAUCCAACAUCCGGGAAACAUUCCCGGGAAACUGGACACCUUUCGACUCGAUUUAGUCUCCGGAAAUGACGAAAGCGGACCCGUAAUCAAUGAUUACUUCUAGUUAAUUAUUUACUGUAUUGUACAUUUGGUGUGCAAAAACCUUGGUUGGUAUAUUAAAGAAAAUCUACUUCUCAUUUAAAAAAGGACACACGCAUCCAUACACAUUAUUUCACUUCCCCAUAGAGGCUUUGCAGCGAAAUAACCAUACAAUAAGAAUAACAUAAAUUCAGAACUAGACAGUUAGACAGUGAGACUGGGUUAAAAAUAGUGCAAGAACACUGGUCUGUUAAAAGUCUACAUCUGAUUACACACCAUUAAUUAUAUAAAUUACAUUUACCAAAUAGCAAAGUCUACAUCUGAUACAGACCAACAAAAUGAACUGAAGCUAAAAAAAACAACAGUUAUCUUAACUAUACUAGGUAUCAGAAGAGACCCGUCAUUGUGGCCCUUAGCUAUUGCCUUGCUGGGUGUCAAAAUCAAAUUCCAUUUGAUGGUCCUUAAUCUAAUAGGCCUUUCCACAGUUUUUUUUUACUUUUGACGUAAACAACUUGGGGAAAAUCCGUCAACUCUGCUAGAAAGAGCGCCUUCAAAUUACAAGUACUGCCAAGUUUUAAAGUGAUUUGUUGAAAGUGAACGAAGAUAAAGCUCUUUUGUCAAAGUCGGGAAGUUUUACAACGUUAAUUGGUGACUAUGGUAGAUAUGGUAGGGGCACAAACUUGCCCCCCACCAAACAAACGUCUGUACAUUUUCGCAACUUUCCGGAGCUAUAACUUCGCUCGCUUAAGACGUAGCACUUUCAAACUUGGCAAUUUUACUAAUUUUAAGGCGCUGUUUCCAGUGGUGUCGAAAGAUUUCUCCAACUGGUCCAUGUUAAAAGUUGAAAAAACCGUGGAAGGGCAAAAAAAUCACCAUGUUAGCCAGGGUCUAAAUUAAGGAUGGUAAAACCGGUUCAGAUCAGGACCAUUUAGCUCAGACAUUCCCGACGAGUUACUUCCCUUCUUUUCCUACGCUACGCAUGCCAUUACUUAACAACUCCAUUUCAAUUCGUAUUCAAAAUGUAGCUCACGUGGUGCUAGUAUUUCUAAGCUUAUAAUUAACACAUCCAUAUCGCUAAAAAUGAUUUUCCUAAAAUGAAUUAAUAAAUGUAUGAAACCUUGUAAUUCCUAUUCAGCAGUGUCUGAAUCCUCUCAAAAGCACAGUGGUACUACUCCUAGAUAUUCGUCUAUGAAUUCCUUAGUAAAUAACUACAGGCAACUGAAAAUAUUUUCUUGUCCUAAACAAAGUGGUUUAGGCUGUAUGAACCAGAGUACUCUGAGAUAAGUAUUUCUGACCUAAUUUCUGCUUUGAAAGGAGCAAAAAAUCACAAAAUCGUCCUAGAAUCUGCGGACACUACAUUAAGGUAAUUUUAGAUUUUUUAGUUGCUAUGGUACAACCGUUAUAAAAACACAAGCGAUAAAUGUUUUUUGAGAUAAAAAGUGUCAAGAGAUCAGAUCCCGUCUUCCAUUCGACGUUACGUCACAAAAAUACACCCAAACGCGUAAAUCUUUUGGGAGUUUUAGAAGCGUGGUUUGCCACCUAAAUUUGAUAUUUCGUCAAGAAAUCAGUCUUAUACUUACCAUACUUGCCGUAGAUCUUCGGCUCAUCAAUCUUCAGUACUGAAAAGCAAUACUAAUCAAGCAAAAGGGUGACAAACUCGUUGUUCAAUUUACCUGUUACCAUUCCCCCGGGCAAUCCACAGGGGUGGGGCAAGUAUGCCACUUUGCGGUUAAUAUGACUUUUUAAUACAGUGAAAAAAUAGAAUUUUGCUUUUCCUUUUUGACCGUUGAUGCAACUAUCACUUUUCUGUGCCCAGAUUGUACCUGUAUCUUUGUUUCUUUCCAAGACUUUUUUCUCUACGUUCUUUUUUGAAAUAUGAUAUUCAUGUUCUCAUUUUAUCAUGCACGUAUUCCUGCGCUUCAGAAUAUAUUUAAGUUAGUGUCAAAAUGUCUGGUAUUGCCACAGGGAGCCCGAACGCUGUAUUAGCUAAUUGAAAAACUUAGAUGUAUUUAUGCUGUAUUAGCUAAUAAAAUAAUAAGAUGCAUUUUCCUUUGUUCCUCUGUCUUUAUGAGUCGUUCUGGAAGGGAUUUGAAUCCGAUCAGAGACGGUUAACAUUGCUGGUGGCUUGUCUGGCGCAUCGUAAAUAAGACGAUCAAGGGAGCUUUCCAUUCCCAGGGGCGGAUCCAGGAUUUUUUUAGGGGAGGGUGCACCCGUCUCUUGCUCUACUUCAACACCAAUAAACCCCAGUAACUACUAGUAACUACCAACAACUACCACCAACUACUAGUAACCACUAGAAACUACAGUAGUUACUGGUAGUUGCUAGUAAUUAUCGGUUGUUACUAGUAGUUACUGGUAGUUACUAGUAGUUGUCGGUAGUUACUAGUAGUUACUAGUAUAGUUCAUGGUAGUUACUAGUAGUUACUAGUAGUUAAUAGUAGUUCUUGGUAUUUACUAGUAGUUAGUGGUGGUUAUUAGUAGUUACUGGUAUUUACUAGUAGUUACUGGUGGUUGCUAGUAGUUAUCGGUAGUUACUAGCAGUUACUGGUAGUUACUAGUAGUCGUCGGUAGUUACUAGUAGUUACUGGUAGUUACUAGUAGUUACUAGUAGUUGAUGGUAGUUUUUGGUAUUUACUAGUAGUUACUGGUAGUUACUAGUAGUUGCUGGUAGUUACUGGUAGUUGUUGGUAGUUACUAGUAGUUCCUAGUAGUUAUCGGUAAUUAAUAGUAGUUACUAGUAGUUACUGGUAGUUAAUGGUAGUUCUCGGUAGUUACUAGAAGUUGUCGGUAGUUACUAGUAGUUAAUAGUAGUUCUUGGUAUUUACUAGUAGUUAGUGGUAGUUAUUAAUAGUUACUGGUAGUUACUAGUAGUUGUCAGUAGUUACUAGUAGUUACUAGUAGUUAAUAGUAGUUCUUGGUAUUUACUAGUAGUUAGUGGUAGUUACUAGUAGUUGUCGGUAGUUACUAGUAGUUACUAGUAGUUAAUAGUAGUUCUUGGUAUUUACUAGUAGUUAGUGGUAGUUAUUAGAAGUUACUGGGUAGUUACUAGUAGUUGUCGGUAGUUACUAGUAGUUCUUAGUAGUUCUUGGUAUUUACUAGUAGUUAGUGGUAGUUAUUAGUAGUUACUGGUAUUUACUAGUAGUUACUGGUAGUUACUAGUAGUUGUCGGUAGUUACUAGUAGUUACUAGCAGUUGAUGGUAGUUACUAGUAGUUACUGGUAGUUACUAGUAGUUGGUGGUAGUUACGUAAAUGCCAGUAACUACUAAUAACUACCACUAACUACUAGUAAAUACCAAGAACUACUAUUAACUACUAGUAAGUACUAGUAACUACCGACAACUACUAGUAACUACCAGUAACUACUGGUAACUACCCAGUAACUUCUAAUAACUACCACUAACUACUAGUAAAUACCAAGAACUACUAGUAACUACUAGUAACUACCGACAACUACUAGUAACUACCAGUAACUACUAUUAACUACCACUAACUACUAGUAACUACCACUAGCUAUUAGGGAGAAGACACAAUACUACAUAUUACACAGAGUGUAUAUUACCGGUGCACUGGUGGCUUCUCUUCUAGUGGCCGUUAGAGGAAAGUUAAUAGUAAACAAUAUUAGAAACGCGAGACGAAACUUGAGCGUCUUAUUUAAGACGCGCCAGACUCGGACUAGCAAACACAUUUGAUAACUAGCAAUGUUAACCGUCUCUGAUCGGAUUCAAAUCCCUUCCAAAACGACUCAUAAAGUAGCCUGAGUAUCAGGCGUUUCUGGGGGGAAAAGGGGAAAGAUAGAAGCGAAAAAGAGAGAGAGAGAGAGUUAAGAAAGAAGUGAGAGCCUGCGGCAAAGGUCAAUCCUGUUGGCGAAAUAUGAUGGCUUGAGCCCGCUUGAGCUUAAGACAUUUCAAAAGUGAAAAAAAAUUUGAAAGAGGAAGCGAACGAAUUCCAAUCACGUACGCUAUCGUAAUCAUCGUAACCGCCACCAGCAAAGUCACAAAGUCAAGCUAAAGCUACCCUUGGUGCUGUCGGUUGUUCUCCUUACGUGGCUACCUCGCUCUUACAAUAACAAUACCCUUUCAACGGCUGGAUGUUGUAAAUCAGAACUUAGCUAUCUGAAGCUCUGAUAUCGUCUCCUUUAUCCCUGUCUUGUGAAACCAAUACUCGGACAUAGUUUCGGCAGAAGCUGGUAUAUGAGGCUUUUACAUACUCCGAGAACAUUUUUCCUUUUAAUUACGAGGCUUUCAAAACACAAUUCUUGUUCGGGUUUUAUUUUUAUCCCAGGAAAGAACUUGAAAGCGCCCUCUAGAGCCUUAGUGAAUUCCUCUCUGCGUCUCUGCCCAUAAAAGUACCACAUGAAAUCAAAACAUCUAUGAAAAAUUUCAAUGGCUUCUCUUUGCCGAUCGCUCUGGUCGUAUUUACUUGCGGUCGGUGACGUUAGGGAGUAUUGUGUGUUAUCCAAUGACUGCCACAUCCAGAUUUUGGAUGUGUCACACGAUUUGCUGAAUGGUUUUGUGUCAGGCCUUCCUUUCUCUUCUCCCCCUUCCCCCUCCCCUGUCUAAAAUCUCCUCUCCCGUAGCCCCUCAGGAAGGCCUGAUACUCAGGCUACUCAUAAAGACACAGGAACAAAGGAAAAUGCAUCUUAUUAUUUUAUUAGCUAAUACAGCAUAAAUACAUCUAAUUUUUUCUAUUAGCUAAUACAGCGUUCGGGCUCCCUGUGUAAAUACUAAAAAGACUAUUAAAAUACUAUUAAAGACAGCCAAACUGAUCAAAAUUGGAAAUGACCAAUAGUGCGAAAUAGGCCAUUUCUAACGGUAACCCCAACCCUCUGUUUCAAAGCUAGGCUAAAUGCGAAGCAAUUGAGAAAGAAGGUUUAUUGACCUCAUUUAGGUAUAGGAAUACGUAGCAUAAUCAGGAAUAUCCGUUCGAUUCUCCCGUGAGAAUUGCUUAGUUGGUAUAAACCUGAUAAACCUGUGAACAGCUUUCCCGUGCCAAAAUACAAAGCAAGCUAGACUAUUACCUUCCGACGAAUGCCCGUCUAGAAUUUCGUCUUCAAAUAUUUACGCGUCUAAAACUUUGGUUGCUAAUGCCACCGUUUUAAAAAAAAAGGCUGGUCAGUAUUCUAAAAAGAGAAAAAUCGUUAGUGUUUUAAGGCUAUUCCCAGAGUAAGGUUAGUCUUUUAUACCACGGCGGGUUUUAUCAGGGUAUGGUGUCUAGUUGCUGACUUUUAUUUUGAUUAGUAACGUUGCUGUUGGUGAUUGGUGGAUUUCAAUCCUAAUAGCACGACUUUGGGGCUUUUCUCUUGGUGGUCAACUGUGUUCAGACCAGCUUUGGUGGUGUCUGAUUGUGGAGAAAUCCUUAGUGGUUAUCCCUACUCACUCUCGUGCUCGCACACCGAACAAAACAUCGCCACCACUUCCGCUUUGUUCUCGCCGACUAUUUAUCAUCCUUUACCUUGUUCCUCCUAAGGAUAAAAAUUUUCGAAAGUGCACCAAGGAAACAUAAAAAAAUAGUAAUAAUAAAGAGGUUGUUUUAAAAUAAACUGUGGUUUUGCAUUAGUGAGGAAGUAAAACACAAAAAUGUGAUUUGGUCAAGUCAAUUCACCAUCGCGGAUUGUGAAGCUGACGUUUUUGAGGGCUAGCCCUUCAUUGUUGAUUGUGAGCUGGGUGUGGCUUUUAUAUGAGAUGGUGAAACAAACCUAUUGGUUUGGUAUUGGUGGAAAAAUGAAAUGUGCCACAGAAAUAAGUCUUCCAUGAUUGCCCAGCAGUUAGAUGGGCGUGUCUUAAGAGAUGUCAAAGAAGAAAAUCGAGUGAAGAUUCUUUUCAAAACUUUCUGCGAAGUCGUCUGAAAUUAGACACAUUUGGUAGGAUGAGGGUUUUGGCUCGAACACCAGCUUGCCUGAGGUUUCGUCCGUCGUUACCCUCGCCUUUGGUCCCUCAAUUAGGUCAUACGAUUUUAAACUCUCCUGCGUUGUUGCUGUUCGCGAUGCUGUUCUGAAUGAAGAUACUAUUUCUCGCCAUUUUCCUUCUCUUUCGUUCAGACUGAGUCUCCGAGAGUUACUGAAAUAAUGUCGGUCGGCUGCAAAAAUUAAAAUGGCUGGCUUUGCUGUUGUACUUUUUGCCCAGUUGAAGGCAUCCUCUAUUCCUUUGGUUAAGUAAAAACCCUUUCCACAGCUAAAAUCUCGUUUCUGUCGCCCAGCACCCAAAUAUAUUCCCCGAAGUAAAAUUUGUCGGGCGCUUUCAUGGUCCGUGCCAUGGUAAAGGAAAAUGUUUUGAUUGCUUUUUGGCAACAAGGCACUGAGGUUAUUCUGAGCUGUAUUACAAGCCUUGGAUUCCUCAGUCACGAGGUUCAUGAUCUUGACUUGAGAUAAGUCAAUGUUACUUUCAAUCUCUUCUUUACUGAUCGUCGGCAACGAUACCCAUUCAUUUGUGCAAGUACUUUGAAACAGAAAAGGAAAUGUAUUAGUUCCCGGACACAACUCAGGAUUAUACUUGAAUUCGUCAUCAAUAAAUAUUUGUGUCCACUCGCAUGCUUCAAUAUGCUGUUGCUUGCUUUCUCGGAGGGAGCGUUCCAGUAUAGUUUUGAUGGCUUUACUUGAAGGAUCGAAGCCAAGAGAUUGAAGCAGUUCUUUAGAGAGAACUGUUUUGUCCGCUGGGGAAAGAGAUUCACUUUUCUCUUCCAAAAGGAUUUGUAUCCAUUCCCUUUCUUCGCGGUGGUUUCGGUGUUCUUGUGGCAUUUUUUCAAGGCAGUCAAGGAAAUCAAACUUCAAUCCAAGCAAAGAACACAAACGAUGUGUCUCGCUUUGAAAGUUUGCCUUUCUUUCUUUUUCCAGAUAUGUCUCUUUUCUUUGCGACAUAGUUUUCUCGUGAAGGGAUUUGUUCAGUUUCGUUACCAUAGUCAUCAAAGUCGUUUAAUAUAUGUUUUUUUUUAGGUUUUUGGACGUGACCUUGCACAACGUUUAGGGGCAUUUCUAUCAUUUUGAACUUACUGACCAAUAGAAAUUGGGGGGAGUGUUGGAGCUGAUCGGGAGGCAUCUCGUAAUUGGUCAAAUUGUGAUUGUACACGGUCAGGUAACUUCUAACAUGAUAUUUUUCGGAUAAUGAUAAUGAUUACAAUGAUCACAACUAAUUUCUUCUUUUUGUGAUUUUAAUUAACUUUGCAUAGGAUAUCUCUUCGGACGUGUCUCUUUUUAAAAUAUUUUUGUUUAUGAUCUGAUCAAAUUGGGAUUGUGCAAUGUCAGUGUGAUUGUGCGUUUUCAAGUAGCUCCCAACAUAAUAGUAUUAGGAUAAUAAUGAUGAUUAGAAUCAUCACAACUGAUUUUUGUUAUUUUAAUUAACUUUGCAUGGGAUAUCUCUUGGGUCGUGUCCUUUUUUAAAAUAUUUUUUUGUUUUUGAACUGCCAAUUAAAGUAUCUUCCGAUACAAUCAGUUUUAAUUACUGAGAAAACCAGUCUUUUCUAUUGUGGUAAAAAAAGAUGGUCUUUGCAAUGUCUUCCUUAAGAAGGGCUCUUUUAGCUCGACAAUUUAAAUUUAGUGUCCUCCUUUCUUCAUCAUCUGGUUAAACCCCUCUUCUUGGUUAAAAUGUAUAUGCAUAAUCAACAGUGUGCGUAUGUCGAGGUGUGAAGCACGCGAGACGUUUGGCGGAGCACGAAAAAGGCGUAACAUUAGCCGAGGACAACUCUAGCCACUGGAGUGCUCUCCAAACUUCCCAAGUGCUUCAUAUCUCGACAUUUGUACAGCUGAAGCAUGAACCAAUUGUUUUAUAACAUUUUGAAUGCGAUCGAUGCGGUAGUCAUCUUCCAUUGCGCACGCUAAUAAUAGUAUGCGACAAUGUCUCGUUGCUACAUAGAAAAUUAUUAUCCAUGGUGACAAUUUGAUGUUUUUAACUGAAAAUUAUGUUUACAAAUGCUUUUAUCUUCAAGCUGAGAAAAAGUUUUACAGAAUCGCUUAAGGUAGCAUUCAUUCUAAACAAAAAAACUUCGCACGCGUUAUAGCUCGCGCAGAUAACAACGACACUCAACUCACUUUCUCUGUAGUUUGCAUUAUAAAACACUAUGUAAACGCUUUAUCGUGUAGUAUUGAAUUAUAGACGCACGUAGGAGGAUUGCUUAACUCACAAAAAAUCAAGGUUUUUCGGUUGUUAACGUCAUUAGCGUACUCAGCUUGUGGUAUUAUGAAGCCAGCUCGCGCUGUUGAAACUGAUAGGGUGAAUAUUCUGGCUAUGUUGUAAAUUCAAUUGAUUCUUUAAUUUUGUGGUGAUCAAAAUAAGUAAAUUGCGGAAACAGGUGGAAAUUCACUACCGAUGAUUAACCAAACGAAUCUGUCUAACAAGUAAAAUUGUUAGGCGGUUAUUCACUUUUUAACUUUCAGUCAAAAAGAAUUCCUGCAUGCAGAUUGGAUUUCUGGAAGAAAUGGACCCUGAUAAGAUUUCUUUCUUCUGUUGUAGACUUCACCAACUGUGCCCAAGCCCUAAUCUCUACCUAAAUGCAAGCAGUUCUUUCAAAUAUGAAGUUAUAAUGGAAAUCAUAAUUCUGUCUAUUAUGAGAAAACCAAGGUCCAACUUAUAUGUAUAUUUUGGACAUAUUUGUGACUUUUUGUUUUUCAUUUAAUUUUUAUUUCUGAUCAGACUGAUCAGUGAUCAACUGUUUUAGUUUCUACACCCUUAGUAAACUUAAAUUGUUUUCUUUUACGAAUUAGGGCCAUUUCAACUGUCUAAAUAAAUGAUAAGGGAACAUAAAAGAGCUUUUAAAUGAUUAAGUAGACAAUGUGGUAAGAAGUGAUUUUGGAAACAGUGAAAUGCAGCUGAAAAUGAGUUGAGGCUCUCUUAUUACUGGGCUGGAUGUGCGCGAAAUGUGGUUCCUGACUAAAUUAAACUAAAAUAACUUAAGUAGGAUUUCAGAGAACAGAGGUCAUGAUAAGCGAGGGCCAUGCGUUAAGGAAGAGUGCUGAUUAAUCCGAAUUUUUGCACGCGCGAUUUAUGGUGUGUUUUUGCCGACCGAUGUGUAUACGAGUGAGUGUCAACCAGUAUUAGAGAUGACUCUACGAGCACUUUUGGGAAGAAUAGCAUGGAAGAGGAUCAAGGACUACUUGAAAGCUGUUGUAGAACUCAUCCAAUCUACCCUAUUUCCUUUCCAAAGGGAAAUUAGAAAUGAAUGGUUUACCUUUCCUUUUACGCGCAGACGAGGUCGCGAGGCUGUCCGGGUCAUUAAUGUUACAUGUAUUAGGGAGUCUGGAAUACGCAGGAGAGGCAGGAGUUACCUUUCUGACCAUGGCGUUGAUAAUUUCCAGUCACUGUCAGGAGGCGAUUACGAACUUUUUUUUCAUGGGACAAGCCACGUAAGUGCUGAAGAUAUAGUAAAUCACGGUAUCGACUUGAACAGAGGGGGAAAGAAGAAGGACUUCAGUGAUGGCGGUGGGUUUUAUCUUUGCAAUGACUUUAAUGAGGCGUCAAGUGCGAUUUGGGCGCGCAACAGACCCCUUUGUUCCGCAGUACUCGUGUUUCAAGUGCCAAGCAAUAGAUUAAGACGU